AUGAAGCUAACAGCUGAUCUUAUUCUGCAAAGUCCCCAAUACACAAACGCUUUGCGAGACAGAGAACUCGAUUUACGUGGUAAGUUUUCUUGUUCAACAUUUACUCUUAAAGGAUAUUUACCUUUGAUGUCUAACGUAUCCCCUAUUUCUUUUGUUUUUAGUGUAACGAGAAACUGUAUUUCUAGACUUACUAUGACUCUCUGUUAUGAAACAGACCAUCCUGCUUUUCCUGUUGAAAAUGCACUGGUCUGCAUCACGAUAACAGUCAUGAUUUUAAUUUGGAAAACAGGAAGAGUUGUAUUAAAACAGUGUCCUGUUCAACCUAAGUUUGCAUUAGUCUCUUAGUGUGGGUACUAGAAAGUCAAACCUACACAUAAUGCAUAAAAAGAAACUUAUGUUCUUAGCAGUAGCCCUUUUGGAUAGCACUCUAAACAUCAGCUUCUCAAUCUUUCUGCAGUGGCCUGUGUAUGUUAUCGGCAUUAGUUGGCUUAAUUGUAGAAUACCCUGCCACCUUAAAGCAACCCCUAAAGAUAGGUGGAUACGCGGAUACUCAGUCACUACGUAUCCGCGUAUCCACUUAGUAAAUAUCUUUCAAUAAUAGUCACUAGGUAUCCACAUAUUCAUGUAUCGACAUUGAUAUACACUUAAUAAGGCUUAUAGUGUGUCUAUUUGUCCUUCUUAAAGCCACUGAAGGUAGAAAAGUGCAUAAAAGGCACAACUGCAUAUUCAUGUAUCUAGCUCUUCCAGGGAUACAGCUUCAAAGUGGCAGGGUAUUCUGCAGUUGCUCCUGUAUUUGAUAGAAUCAUGUUUUGUUGUCCUUCUGAAGGAACAACAGCAACCCUUGUUCCUGUAAUAGAAAGGUGGUGAUAUUGGUUUCAGUAAAAACUACUGAUAAGUUGUAUGCAGAAGUCUUUUCGAACUCAAAUGGUUGCCUCCUUUAAUUGGGUUUUUACUUCAGUUCUCACCCAAAAUAAGGCUGUGCACUACCAACAUCUGUAGGGAGCUUAGUGCUCUAAACCUGCAAAAUCCAGGGUGCCCACCAUAUCAUAUCACGAAAAAAAUUAACGACUCCUAGUCACCCAAAAGCCAAAAGUAAGGUUUCGUGGACCACUGGGAUCUGCUAGAGUCCAGCCUGAAAAAAUCUUCUUUGCUUCAAGCUUCAGCUCAAAACAAGUUGCUUUAACCUGAGAUCAGGCCCAAUUUGAGCGGUUCUAAUGGCUACCGCUGCGUUUCGCCAUGCCCGACGAAAUGUUAUUUACGAAGCGAAACAAAAAUAGAGCCUGAUCUCAGGUUAAAGUUGCUUUGACACGUGCUACAAAAGUAAUUCCUGAGUAGUAAUCCAAGAAUGGGUAUAAAGGACUGUCUUACUUGUUCUUACUAACUUUUCUUUUUUCCUUUUAGGUUACAAGAUUCCAGUUAUUGAAAAUUUGGGAGCAACUCUGGUAUGUGUCACUGGUAUUAUAGAGGAGUUUACUGCUAAGCAAAAAUUGGUGUUGGUGUUUGAACUUUGUGAUAGUUUUAAUGUUACUGGGUAUUUACAGUUUACCUGAGGAAUUUAAAUGUAUCAUUUCUUAAAGGAACACAUACAUACAUGUAACCAUUCUCCCCCUGUGGGUAUAACUGAAGGGAAAAAAAACUUUGAUGAAACAUCACACAGUAACUUGAUCAAUAAAAAGAUACAGUUUUUUAAAUUAAUUUAAAGCACAAAACAUUUUUGUUGUUCUUCAUUUUAGGAUCAGUUUGAUUCUAUUGAUUUCUCCGAAAAUGACAUCCGCAAACUGGAAGGGUUUCCACUUCUUAGGAGGCUGAAGAGUUUGCUUUUAAACAACAAUAGAAUAUGGUAUGUUAGUUUCUUUACUUCUCUCACUUAUUUUCUUUUUGCUGCAGGGUAGAGCUUGUUAUCCCUCCCCCCCUCCCCCCAACUCCACUCCUUCAGGACAGGAAGUGAAAUUUAAUGUAAAACCACUGGGAAUAUUUUUAUCCUGUAGACAAUCUACUAUGAUUAAAACAUCAGUAUUUUUCUCAUUGCUGAAAUAGUUUUAAAUUUGUAACAUUGAAGAUUCUUAACUUAAUCCAAUGAAAGUAGAAACAACAGUUUUUCAGUUCACGAUUAAAUGUAGUAAUGUGUAUAAAGAGGCUAGCUGUGUCGUCAAGACAUUAAGAGCUUGAAUUAUGGUAUAUGCUUUAUUAAUGAUAUUUCUGUUACUAUAAUGGUACUGAUUAUCACUGCACAUCAAGAAAUGUUGUGUAGUGUUGGUAUACAAUAUCUAACAUUUUCUAAUAUAUACAUGUAUAUGCAUAUCAUUGGUAAGUUCAGUGGAGCAGUAAAGGAAAGAGGUAAGCUGGUAAUAUUAUGAGUUGAAAAUUAUGGCGUCACCUAGAUUUACAUGUAGUUAUCCUUAACAAAACUUAAAGGUAAGAUCUAACAAAAUCUAGGCAGAGUGACACACAUGUAAAUUUUUGCUUUCACAUACAAAUACCUAGCUCCUUCAAAUGCACCUAGUCUUGGUCCAAGUUAGAAGCAUCCACUGCAUUUUUGUAACCUCCCAUCCACAUCAAAGCUUUUGAUGAUGACAAAAUCUUGAUGCUUGUUUUAGAUUUCUGUGUAUCUUUGUAUUUAUUUAAAUGUGAGAUACUUUUCUGUCAUUUGGUGUUGGAAUCAGGCACAUUUUAUACCUGACGCAAAUAUUACAAAUGAAAUUUCUUUAUUUGUAAUAAUAGUUUAGUAAGUAACCAGAAGACAAGGAAAAAGAUAAAAUAAUUAAUUUAGUGCUUGACAGUACAUUUCCUUUUUUGUUUUCUUUUAUCCGUAAGUAGUAUGUUGUGAAACAGUAGUACCAUUCUUAAAAGGAAUGGUUGAAUAACUGAAAAAAAAAAUGCUUUCGUGGUAUAGUGUUCUCUUAUUUAAUUAUGUGCAUCUCCAUGUAGCACCAUCAUUUAGUUUAAAUUCAUUGAUUAUAAUUUUUUACCAUAUAAUUUCUCAAGAUAUAAAAUAAUGCUACUUAAAAAGUGUAAAAUAGUACUCUAUUAUCAGCUUUGCCCAAUAUUACUAAAUGACUUUCUUUACAUUUUGUCUCUUUUAGUCGAAUUGCAGAAAACAUUGAGGAAAGCCUACCACAGUUAGAAACAAUAGUUAUGACUUCUAACAACAUGCAGGAAUUGGUAACCUUAUUUAAUUAUUUAUUUAAUUUUGUUCUUUUAUUUGUAGUAAAUCUGGUGUCACAUGUAACACUAAAAAAUACUUGUAAACUGUCUUUUUAGGUAUUACGGUGUGAAUAUGUCUAUCAUCGUCUGUUUAUGAGUUGUUUGUACAUUUUUUUUUGCAGAAAGAUUUGGACCCACUGAAAACUAUUCAAAGUCUUAGAUACCUCAGGUAAUAUUUGUUUAUUUUUGAGUAUAGCCUUUGUUUUUCAUCAGAACCCUGAGGCUGAUCAGUGUGUUGUACUGAAAAAUACUUUUACAAUAUGAUUUAUACUCUUUUUCCCUCUCCAACUUCUCCAGAAGUUACAGUGUAAUACACAAAAAUUAUUAUUUCAUGAAUUGAAAAUCAGAAAUGGAUUUCAAGUAGAACAGAGGAGAGGUUAGGGGAGGCAGUGUGGCUGAGUUGUCAGGGAGUGGAACUCGCAAUCCAGCAGUUCCGGGUUUGUGUCCUCCUCUAGCCACUUGCUGGAUUUGUUUUGGAUUGUCCCAAGUUCAAAUACCAGGGUUCGCACACAACUUGAAAGUCCUUGAAUUUUAAAAUACAAAUUCAAGAAUUCAAGAACCUUGAAAGUGCAUGUUGGUGCAAUUGGUGCUAACUUUAUCCAACCCAGAUUCUCAAGUGCUUAAUAUGAGCAAACACAGAAAGACAUUCAGAAAAAUUGCUCAUGUUGUGGAAGAACUAAAAAAGACAUAGACUCAAGGCUCUUUUUCUAACUGAAUUGAGUCCUUGAAAAAUGGGGAAUGUGUCCUUGAAAAGUCCUUGAAUGUUUGGUUCAAAAAGGGUACAAACACUGAAAUACUCAACCAUGCAUGUAAAUAGCCAUUUGGUUGCCUUUUGCCAGUUGGGGCAAAGGCUAAGAGACAAAGUAAAUAAUUGAGAGUUAAUGUAGGUAAAAUAUUUUAAUAGGAAAUAAUAUAUUAUACACUGUUGUAAUACAAUCUUUGUACAAUGUUUCUUUGUAGCUUGCUUCGGAAUCCAGUCACAAAUAAACCACACUACAGAUUGUAUGUUAUCCACAAAUUGCCGCAAAUAAGAGUGCUGGACUUUCAAAGGGUAAAACAAAGGGUGAGCUAUGGUGUAUUACAUUCAUUUAUUAACAAGUCAAAACACUCAAUUCUGCUAGUUCUUGUAUGCAGCAAGUUUCAGUCAAAAUAUAAUUUAGUAUUUUAAAACUAGACAUAACAGCACCAGUGCUUUGUUUUUGAGUCUCAUAUUACUAUGUGCAAAAUUGUGACAAGGUACAUGUAAGCUUGCAUGUGAAUUUUGUUAAUGGAGAAGGAUAAACCCCCCAACAUGUACACAUACUAUGAGCCCUCCCAUUGGAGAAGACCUAACAGGGAGACUGCGGAAGUCCUUUUUGCAGGCAAGUCCAGGAAUGGAUCAAACCCACCCAGUAAGCAUUUCUUUGAUGGAAUUUACGUUCCUAAGCUGAUGUUGCACGAACAUCAUGCACACUGCCCUAGAGUGAGCAAUAGCUGAUAAGGUGACACUCGGUAAAGAAUAAUCAAAAAGUGUCAAAUGUUUUCAAAAAAAACACAAAAGAGUGAGCAAGUUGGGGAUGGCUUGCAGUUGACGGGUGAUGAUGAUGAUGAUUUUUUAAAAUUUCUUGUACCUGUAGGAAAGAGAGGCUGCCAAACGAAUGUUCAGUAGCAAAAAGGGUCAAGAAGCUGAGCCAAAAGGCAAAAAAGCAAAGACGUAAGUUGUUAUACAUGUACAUGUGUAUGUGUAAAUAAAAAUAAUUUUUACUUUUUUUAUCCAAAUAAGAUAAAAAUAGUUGUGGUUAAUUAUUGAACAGUGAUGACAAUGCUUAGAAAGUUGCAGCCAGUUGCAGAUGUCAAUAUUUAUCACUUGUUUUUUAUAUCUCUCUGCUAGAUUUGUCCCUGGAGGUCCCCCAGCUGGUACAAGACCAGCACCUAGCAAGCCUCUCCAACAACCUACAAGAGACAUUGCUGCUAUCAAG